UACGAGUAACGAGAUGCUUCAAUCGCAUCACAUAGAGGUCGACACCAAUUCUUAUCCGUAAUUUAAAUGCUUUCUAAAAUCCAAGAUACAACAAUUCUUUGAUCUCUCUAUGAGUAACAAAAGCUACUUGUAUGAUUGUUUAAUUUACUAGUUCUCCUACGUUGCAAUUUUAUUGCAUGUCUGCAGUUUACAAACGGUACGACGCAGUCAAUCUGUAUGCAACUGUUACGCAUCACCUCCACUAUGUCUUUCCAAGGAUCACCUUAUUCGGGCCCUGGUGAUGAAUACGACUUUGAAGACGAUGGGUACGACGAUAUCGAUGAGUAUAGAGAUCCAGCGGAUGCAUUACUGCCUUCUCUGGUAGACGACAGCGAUGAAGAUACAGAGGAAGCAAGUGAAGCAGAGCUGCCUAACAAUGAUGAACCCCAAGAACUCAAGGAACAGAUGUACCAAGAUAAGUUGAUGAAUCUUAAAAAGCAAUUACAACAAUUAGAAGAAAAUAUUUAUCCAGAGUUCACAAGAAGAGUGAAACGUCUGGAACAUCAACUACAUGAGCGAUUACGCCUCAAUAAAAUCUAUAAAGAACAUAUGUAUGAAGUUGUUGAAAGGGAAUACAUAGCAGAGAAAAAGGCUGCGGCUAAAGAAUUUGAAGAUAAGAAAAUUGAGCUAAAGGAAAACCUGCUUAAAGACUUGGAAGUGAAACGAAAUGUGAUUGAGAGUGAAAGAAAUAACAUGGAACUGAAUGGUGACUCUAUAGAGGUAAAGCCCCCAAUGAAGCGAAUAUUGAGAAGACGUGCUAAUGAACCUGCGCCAGCUCCUGAAAAGCGACGUAAACCGCUUGCUACUACACUUACUUUCCAGCUUGAUGACAGAGACAUAGACGCUGACCUUAGGGCUAUUUCUAGGAGUUCACCACCCAGACACCACUCACAUAAUACAACACAACCCAGGAAACAUCUCAACUCAAAUUGUGAGUCUCCAGUCCGUGAAUCGCCCCCGGAUCGCGAAACGGCAGACACUCGAGUUGAAGACGGGAAGCUAUUGUACGAGCGCCGGUGGUUCCAUCGCGGACAGAGUGUUUACGUUGAGGGAAGAGAUAUGCCGCGUUUCCCAGCGCAUAUACACGCCAUUACCGAUGAAGCGGUGUGCGUUAAGAAGACGAAUUCGGAACGUGUACGAAUCUUCGUAUCACAACUCGCCAGAGGCAAAGUGACGUUAAAAAGGCGCGCUUCAUAAUUUUAAGGAUUGUGUAUAGAUGUACAUAUUAUAUUAUAUACAUUGAGCGCGUGUAUAGAAAAGAAUCCUUAGCACGAACACUUCGUAAAAUUGUGUACGUUAUAGCGUAUUUCGAACUCAACUGUGGCCGUCUAAAACUAAAAGUUUAAAAAUGUUUUGUAUCAGAUUUUGGAUUUUAUAUGGUAGCACUUGUUUAUACCUAAUGUAAUGCGGUCGAAAGCCAUUCGAGAAUUACGUAAGCAGAUGUACUGCCAUUUGUUCCCCCUCUUUUUAGCAUAAUUAAGCAAAGCUCUCAAAAAAAAAUACUACAUAAUUUUUUGUAGGAAUCUUAGAAAAUGCAUUUCGUUUUGAAUGCAAUAUCUCUAACAACAUUAUUCUUUGUAUGAAUUUUAAGUGUUUUCUGUGGUCGUAUUUAGACUUCGACUAGCUCUUUAUACAAAAAUAGAAUUUCUUUUGAAUUGUCAAUUACUUUAUAUAGAAAUACGUUUGUGCUAAGGGUACUAGUAGAUUUGCGUUUGGCCAAUAUUUGGUCAAAGACUAUAUUUUUGUAAAAGACUAAAAUCUUUAGAUGUAAUUUUACGCACUUUUAUUUAAAAUACAAGUCGUAUGGCUCGAAUUCUAAAAUGAACUUAUUGAAAAUAAUCAAAAGUUCGUUGUGGGAGCAUUUCCGUUAUAAAGUACGGGUUUAUUAGACAUAUAAGAAAACUAAUCAAAUUGAAAAUUUGUGUCUCAGAAAUUUUGGUUAGAACUUUGAUUGAUGAACCUGUUCGUAAGUACCUGCUCUAAGAUGAAUUCAUUCGUAUAUGAAAUAAAACAACUGUAAAAUAAUUAUAUAAAACUAAACAGUAAUUGUAACAAAAUCAUUUAUUUCCAGUUAGACAAAAGAUUCAAUUUUGUUUGCACACAAAUAAGGUACUUUCUGAUAAGUCACAGAUGAGCUUAAUUUAAAAUGUUUCAUCAGACUGUUUUAGUUCAGACUAAGGGGGUAUAAUCGAUGAAUAUUAGAAUUUUAAUUCACUGUUUAAACAGAAACAUAGUAUGCCUUUUAUCACUGGUUACAUAUUUAAGAAUAUGAAUGUGUCAAAUAUUCUAUAAGCUUAUAGUUCGUUUAUGACUCACGUAUGAUAUAAUUAACGUAAAUUAACGUUACGAGGGACUAAAAUGUUUAAGACUAUUUGCAUGACAUCGCGAAAACAGUUGUAUGAAUAAAGUUGUUUUAUUUAUUUAAAGAAAUAUGUGAUCUCGUGUUGUAUUUAAAAAUCAACUAAAAGAAGUUAUUUUUGACAGUUUUUAAUAGUGAAUUGUAAAUAUGAAUAACUAUGAGAUGAAUCUUUUACAAUAUAUCAGAACAAAGAUCUUUAUUAAAUGAUAUAAUAAAAG